AUGGCCAACAUUUUUUGCGGUUUGCAGUACUAUCGAGAAGGUGAUGUCUCCAAGAUUCUAGUACUUGCUAUGACAACGUCGAAGAGGAAGGAGAUAGGUAACAUGUCGGCUGCACAGGUGGAUCCCCAUGACAAGAUGAGGUCAAGUGACGUGAACUAUGUGGCUAGAGCUGAACAAGCUCCUGCGCCUGUUCAUGAAUAUGGUCAAAUCAACCGAGCCCCUCGUAAACAUGCAGAAAAAGAGGUUCUUGCUGUGAAGAAUGUGCUCCAGAAGCCUAUAAGUUUGAUUCAAGGUCCGCCUGGCGCAGGAAAAACUGUCACUUUCUGCAGCCAUUGUAUAUCACAUGGCCAAACAGGGCCAAGGGCAGCUGUAGAUCAACUGGCUGAGAAGAUGAGUGCCACUGGCUUAAAGGUUGUUAGGCUAUGUGCAAAAUCAAGGGAAGCCGUUAGUUCUCCUGUUGAGCAUCUCACCCUACACUACCAGGUUAGACAUCUGGACACUUCAGAGAAAAGUGAACUUCACAAGUUGCAGCAAUUGAAAGAUGGACAAGGAGAACUGUCCAGCAGUGAUGAGAAAAAAUACAAAGCACUGAAACGAGCAACAGAAAGGGAAAUUUCUCAAAGUGCUGAUGUCAUCUGUUGCACUUGUGUUGGUGCUGGAGAUCCUCGGUUGGCAAAUUUUAGGUUUCGCCAGGUACUCAUUGACGAGUCAACUCAGGCGACAGAACUAGAGUGUCUUAUUCCUUUGGUACUUGGGGCAAAGCAGCUUGGUCCUGUCAUAAUGCGCGAGAAAGCUGCUCGCGCUGGGUUGGCCCAUUCUCUAUUUGAACGCAUUGUUUUACUUGGUGUGAAACCAAUUAGAUUGCAGGAAGUAUGGUGUAUAGGAGCUUUAGAGCAUAUUUUAGAUGGUCAAACGUCAUGUAGAUUCGAUUUAGUUGAACAUCAGAUGGAUUUCUGGUCUCCUGCUUCUUAUAGAUGGAGUGGGAACUGGCGAUUGAUUAAUCUGUCUUUGGCAAGCAUUGUAAGGUUCGUUUCUAGGGAAUGCCUUGUGCAGUCGUGCUGCUGA